AUGUUGGGUGCUCUAAGCCCUCCAAGCAUGGGCGCACGUUCUGCCAAGUCUUGGGGGGCUUGGCAGGUUUUAAGGGUCCUCGUGUUGUGGGCAAAUUGCCAUUUAUCCCUAGCUGCUGCCGCUCAGGAAUGGGACAUCGAGCAGGGCAAGAAUUUCAGAAAAUUCUUCGGGGAGCCGAUUGCCCUGGCUUGCAAGGCUCUUCCUGACGACGCAGCUGCCCCAUUCGGCAUUGGGGUCAUCAUACACCCCGGUGACAUAUGCAAGGAUGCUUUGAAGGUUGGUGGUGACGAAGUCUUCAACCAAAUGGCGAUUUCAACGGACAUGUAUGAGAAGAACAACGAUAAGGCAAAAGAUGCCGAUUGCAAUGGCGACCAUGCUGCGAUACAGCGCAUCUGGUGCGACCUUCACUGCAUUAGGGAGGCGGUUCAAGAUGGCGACGCAGCGAUUCUGGGAUCCUUGAAGGAGGCGGUGGACGUCCUGGACACCAACUUUGAUCGCCUGAUGCAGUACUACACGGGCCUCGUGGGCGACAAGGUGGAUGCGCUCGCCGGCAAGAAGAAGCCGAAUUUGGUUGAGGUGAAAGAGUCGCUGCUCGCCGGAAUGGGCCGGGUGCAGCACCUCGUCUCAGCGCCCUUGGACCAAGUCGGGCGCAGGGCCUCCCAAAACUUGCUGGAUGCUUUUAUUCGAGAUCUCCAGAAUCGCUCCAGCGCAGCAGAGGUCGUCGAGGACGUGGAGCGGCUGCAUGCCUCACUGCUACACGUUGCCCGAGGCACUAAGCUGAGUGCCAGCGCAGCCGUGGCUGCCAACGUGGGCAGGGCGGCCCAGAGUAUGCAAGAGCUGGCACGCAGCAGGACUCUUUUGUGA